CCCAGGAAUCUGUGGUUUCGUGUUGGCUGACUGAAGACUUAAUGGUACACUUAAACGGAACGAAGCCUGACGGGCCUGCACCUGAACGCGUCUCGCUACAAGCCAGAAUGUAUCCUGUGUGUUUGGUGUUGGUAUUUAAUACGGCGUUGCCAGUGAUCCAAAGGCAGUAAUUUAAAUGUAGAGGAUUUAUCACAGGUGACAAUUAAAGCUAAAAUGGCCGUAUUUGCCCCGUGGAUGUCUCAUCUUGCCUGAUCAGUAACCCAAACCCUCAGACUUGGUUGUUAUGAAUUACUUGAGACUCCGUUUGAAAUGGAUAAAUAAGGUUUAACUGCCACAUCACAAACACAGACGAAGCUUAUUUCAUGAAACAUUAAAUCUCCUACUAGGUAGCCUUCCCCUUUAUUGAUCUCCAGAGGAGAUAGGGAUAGAGGGCGGAUAAGGAAGAUUUCCGUUCUCAGGUCACAGUCAGUCUGGUUUCACCUCACAGCACCUGGAGAAAGCUUCUGUCUGUCUCCGAACAGGAGCAGAUGUCCUUAGCGUUACACUGAACGCACCAAAUGUUCUUUACAGUAACUCUUUACAGCGUCAGUACUGUUUUCAGGCUCUGAUUUCUGCCGGCAGAGUCGUCAGGUGUGCGCUGGCUGACUGACUGGAACUUAUUAUAGUGGCAUCUGUUGUUGACGCCUCUUCACUCUCGCACCGGGUCGGGCAGGAGGACACACGCCCCACUGAGGAGGAGAAUUAAGUGUUACGUGUGAGGAACAGCUUUCUAAUCUCCGAUCUCUUGGCUUAUUCCUCCGAUGGACUGGAUUUGGCCCCACGUCCGUGGUUUUUGGCCACUAUUUUACGCGCGUCGUGCACCUUUUAUGCGCGUUCAUAUUUGCGUCCCAGGAUUACAUAAUGGAUUAAACACUCAUUAGAGUAGUUUUUCAUUUGUGCUCUCGGAACAACUGUGAAUUACUUUAAAUGGACGCGCAGCAUGCUCAGUGAUGAUGGUCGUUUGGUCACUGAGGUGCGUAGUCGUACUUUGGAUUAAGAGCCAGAGACUUUGCUCCGCUCCUGGAACAAGCACCUGUUUAUUCUCUUGAGAUACUUUUGACCUGUUUUCCGUCUACUGACGCGCUGGGAUGGAGAACGAGCUGAGACCCAGGCUCUGUUUCUUGACCAAAGGAAAGCGCGGCUAUGGGUUUCACCUGCACGGCGAGCGGAAUAAAGGCGGACAGUUUAUCCGCAAAGUGGAGCCAGGCUCCUCGGCUGAUCUGGCCGGGCUGCGACCAGGAGACCGUGUGGUGGAGGUGAACGGGGAGAAUGUGGAGAACGAGACCCACCAUCAAGUGGUGAACCGUAUCCGUGAGGUGUCCCAUCGCACCAGGCUGCUGGUGGUGGACCGAGAUACGGAUGACUUCCUCCGCAGCCGAGGCCUGGCCUGCACUGAGGACCUAGCUGUUGAGAUGGGAACGCUCUCCCCUCGGCCCUCACCCGGGCCCACCCCAUCUGCCUCUCCCAUACCGCGAGAGAAUUCACCCCUUUCACCCAAAGCCAACCACACACACUCUCUCGCUGCAGACUCACUGACACACAUGAUCACACAAGGCAAGGUCAAGAGAUCUUCAGUGACAUCAAGCACGGCGACAAACACAGAGGUGCAGGUACAGCCCUCACCAGAGCCACCAGUUGAGCACCUUCCCCGUUUAUGUCACCUGGUGAAAGGUGAGUACGGCUAUGGCUUCAACCUGCACAGUGACAAGACGAAGUGUGGACAGUUUGUGCGUUUGGUGGACCCCGGCUCUGCUGCUGAGAGUGCAGACAUCAGGCCUGGAGACAGACUAGUGGAGGUGAAUGGAGUGAACAUAGAGGGCCUGAGGCACUCAGAGGUGGUGGCACUCAUCAAAGCAGGAGGGAAUGAAGUGCGCCUCCUUGUGGUCGACCAGGAGACAGAUGAGCUCUACAACAGACUGGGGCUCACACCCACCACCAGCAAUGACAAAGAGGCCUAUGUGGAUGGAUCAGCCACAGAAAGCACCCCACCUACUCCGUCUCCAACUACUGAACUCCCCACCACAGAUCCCCCGAUCAUAAACGUCACACUGACAGACUCCCCAAUCACAAAAACAUCUCCAAAAUCCCGUGCCAAUGGGAGCUCAGCAUCUCAGUCCUCAAGAAGUUCCACCACCCAGUCAGAGAUCAGCAGCUCAGACAUGAGUAUCCAGGUGCCCGAUGAGGACGACAGGCGUGCUUCGGACCCGUUCAUAGACAGUGGCCUGCGCCUGAGUCCCACAGCUGCUGAGGCUAAGCAAAAGGUCCUCGCCAGCCGCAACAAAAAGAGAGCACCUCCAAUGGACUGGAGCAAGAGACAAGAGAUCUUCAGCAACUUUUGACCAGAGUGCAAAAAGAAGAAAAGAGAAGAAGAGAGGAAGAAGGGCAUUGGGCAAGAAAUAAUACUGUAUCUGUGUUGUAUUGUAAUAUUAAUUACCAAAACAAAAGGAAAAAGAAACAGUUAGUAACUUUCACAGAAAUAAACUUAAAUUCUGUUCUGUUAAUCUACACAGUAAGAUGCAAAAUAGUAAUUUUUAGAUGCUAUGUAUAAGGAUGAAGACAUGCUCUGUGGAUACGUCAGAAAUCGUACAACAAACUGCAUUAAACAAUGGCAGACCAUGUGCUGAGGGACUCACCCACACAGCACACAGUGUUUGUCUUUAUUAAAUUAUAGUCAUUUCAGAGCCAUAAGUACGGACUACGAGUCUAUGACAGCCUAUGCGCUCUGUCUGAUUCUGGCUGUGUUUGCUGUAGAUACACCUGUUUGCUGUAACCUUGGGAGAUUCUAUUUGUUGAAGUCAUAGUUUCUUGUCUUUUUAGAUUCCAGUGGGCUCACCGUGAGUCCUGGAGUCAUUGUCUUUGUCGGUUGUAAUGUAGCAUAUCACUUAAAUGUAAAGACAGAGGAAAUGCAAAUGGUUGAGUUAUAAAAUAUUGUUGGAUCAGCUCAGUGCUAAAGAAAAAUAUUUAAAAUAGAGAUGGCUGACUAGAUAGUAAAAAAAAAAACUAUAGAGUCUCUGAUCUCUUGUUGUAGCUUUUGAGGAA